AUGCAGGGCGGCCUCAAGACAGCCAAAGUGCAGAUCCUGAAGAACGUCACGGGCGCGCUGCGCCCCGGCACCACGACCCUACUGCUUGGCCCCCCGGGCUCGGGCAAGUCUGUGUUCAUGCAGGCGCUCAGCGGGCGGCUGCAGAGCGACGCCAAAAUGACCGGCUCCGUCAAGUACAAUGGCAAGGAGAGCAGCGAGUUUGUGGUGCGCCGCACUGUGGCCUACGUGGAUCAAAUUGAUUACCACAUCCCCAAUCUGACGGUGCUGGAGACGUGUCAGUUCUCCCACAACUGCCUCAGCGGGCCAAGCCGUUUGUCAUCCUCAAGUGAGCUGUGUGCCUCGGAGGCGCUGCGGUCACCUCCCUUUGUGCCUGGACAUGACGGGCUGGCCUGUGCCUGCCGUGCAUUGUCGAACAUUAGGUCGCAUUGUGAGCGAGGGCGGUGCCAACACCCUGGCUGCAGGAUCUUGGGCCUGCUGGAUGUGGCCGAUACGGUUGUGGGGGAUUCCAUGACGCGCGGCAUCAGCGGGGGGCAGCGCAAGCGCGUGACCACGGGCGAGAUCCUGUGCGGCCCGCAGUCGCUGGUUCUCAUGGACGAGAUCAGCACAGGUCUCGACAGCGCCACCACAUACAGCGUGGUGCAGAGCUUUGUGCAGACAGCGCACGCGCUGCGCAAGACCUUCCUCAUCUCGCUGCUGCAGCCGGCCCCCGAGGUUGUUCAGCUGUUUGACGAAAUCCUGCUGCUCACCGACGGCCAUGUGAUGUACCACGGCCCUGUGUCGGGCAUCGUGCCCUUCUUCGACAACCAGCUGGGCUUCCGGUGCCCGGUCCGCAAGGAUGUCGGCUCCUUCCUGCAGUGCACCUCGGCCCCCUCUUCUCGGCAAGACGCUGAUGGCCGGCGUAGCACGAUCCUCGCCGUGCCACCCCACCCUACUGACGCCCCCCCGCCCUGCCCGUGUGCUUGGCAGGAGGGCCGGCGGCUGCUGGACCAGCUGGACAGCCACCCCUUCAGGCCCGAGGACAGCCCCCCCGGCUCUCUCAUCACCACCAAGUACGCCAGCAGCGUGCUGCGCCUCACCAAGCUCGUCUUCCUGCGCCAGGUCAAGCUGAACAAGCGGGAGAAGGCGUUCUACAUUGCGCGCGCUGUGCAGGCCGCCAUCCUGACCCUCAUCAUCGGCUCCCUGUUUGCCACCCUGGAGCCCACCACCGCCGACUCGCGCCAGGUCAUGUCCCUCAGCUCCCUGUCCGUCAUGAACAUGGCCAUGUUCAGCAUGCCGCAGGUCGGCAUCGUGUUUGCCAACAAGAGGGUGUUCUACAAGCAACGCAACAACAACUUCUUCCCACCCGCCUCCUACGUGCUGAGCUUUGUGCUGACCCAGGUGCCACAGAGCACCAUCGAGUGCGUCAUCUACUCGCUGGGGGUGUACUGGAUCUCGGGCCUCACCCGCACCGCCAGCAACUACUUCCUGUUCUUGGUCGUGACCUUCAGCCUCAGCAAUGCCAUGGCCGCCUUUUACCGCCUGAUUGCCUUCAUUGUGCCGUCCAUGGUGAUCGCCAACGCGGGCGGCGGCGUGAUGCUGCUCAUGCUGAUGAUCACAAACGGCUUCAGUAUUGUGCGCACCUCCAUCCCCGUCUACCUCAUCUGGGUGUACUGGAUGAACCCCAUGGCCUGGGCGGUGCGUGCGCUGGUCGCCAAUGAGCUGGGAACGACCCGCUGGGACAUACCCGCCUCCACCGGCUCGACCAGCUCAGGACGACCACACGUCUCCCCUUGCUGCCUGCAGCUGGGCGCGGAGUGGAUCUGGGCCUCUGUGGGCUACUCCUGGUUCUGGCUCGUCCUGUGCAGCUGCCUGGGCAUCGUGGCACUGAACAUCACCAACCCGCCCAGCCCCAGGCCGACAGUGGCCGAGGCGGAGCAGAAGGAGGAGGUGCGGCGCGGCGUGGUGGACAUGCUGCAGAAGGCGACCAACAAGACGGCGCAGGGCGCAUUCAGCACGGCCAAGACGAUGGGCAAGGUGGCAUCGUUUGGGAUCAAGACCCUCUCGCAGGCUCGCAGGGAGCCGAAGGUCGGGGCGCCGGGCCCGGAGGCGGGCGGCGUGCGGGACAAGGCGGUGGUCCCCUUUGUUCCCAUCACGCUCGUCUGUCGAGACAUCAGAUACUACGUCAACGACCCCUCCCAUGGCACCGCCCCGGGCGUGGUCAAGGACAGCAGCGACAAGGAGAUUGCCGGCAAGCUGCAGCUGCUCAAGGCGAGGGGGCUGGGGGACUGCCGGCGGCCUCCUGGCUCGCUGACCGCGCUGAUGGGCGGCAGCGGGAAGACUACGCUUAUGGAUUGCGUGUGCGGCAGGAAAACCACCGGCCUAAUCAGGGGCGACAUCCUUGUGAAUGGGCACCCCAAGGAGCAGGGCCCCUGGUCGCGCGUGUGCGGCUACGUGGAGCAGCAGGACGUGCACAGCGCGGGCACCACGGUGCGCGAGGCCUUCCUGUUUUCGGCGCGCCUGCGCCUCACGGAGGACAUUGGCAUGGACCAGGUGACCCAGAUUGUGGAUGAUGCUCUGGAGAUGGUCGACAUGACCGGCAUCAAGGACAGCAUCGUGGGGGAGCCAGGUGGCUCCGGGCUGAGCGUGGAGCAGCGCAAGCGCCUGUCCAUCGGCGUGGAGCUGGUGGCCAACCCGUCUGUCGUGUUCAUGGACCCACCAAGGGGCUUGGAUGCGCGUGAGGGGCCAUUGGUGAUGCGUGCAGUCAAGAAGUUCGCCUCCAGCAAACGAACAGUAAGGUGGACAUCCACCCGGCCCUCAAUGGAAAUCUUCGAGGCCUUUGACGUGCGGGUGCUGCUGCAACGCGGCGGCCGGCUCACCUACUUUGGUCCUCUGGGCGACGAGAGCAGCGUGCUGACCGCCUACCUCGAGUCGCAGCCGGGGGUGGAGCCCAUCAGGACGGGCUAUAACCCAGCCACCUGGAUGCUGGAAGUGACUGGCGGCAGCAUGAGCACCACCUUCAAGAGCUCUGACCAGGACUUCCCCACCCUGUACUUGGAGAGUGAUCUGUAUCGGGAGAAUGAGGCCAACAUGGAUCGCCUCGUGGCAGAGGGCAAGAAGAGCAGCGAGCCGCUGAAGCUGGCGGGCCAGUACGCCACCAGCUUCAGCACCCAGCGCUCCACGCUCAUCAAGAAGUUCUUCAAGCUGUACUGGCGCAGCCCCAACUACAACUUUGUGCGGUUUGCCAUGACCAUCACAAUCGCCAUCGUGCUGGGCCUGGUGUACUUGAACGAGCUGGAUGAGGGCGGCACCGAUGUGGCCACCGUCCAAAACGUGAUGGGCCUCGUCUUUGUGCUCACCACCUUCCUGGGCAUGUUUAACUGCAUGACGGUGCAGCCGGUGAUCGGCGCCGAGCGCACCGUGUUCUACCGCGAGCGCAGCUCAUCCUACUACUCGCCGGGGCCCUAUGCGGUGGCCAGCGGCGUGGUGGAGCUGCCCUACCUGCUGGUCCAGGCCACGCUCAUGGUGGUCAUCGCUUAUUGGAUGGUUGGCUUCCAGCCCGUGGCCUGGAAGUUCUUCUACUUCCUCCUCAUGUACUUCUUCUCACUCACCAUGUUCACCUUCUUCGGCCAGUUCCUGGUGUUCAUCACCCCCAACCAGCUGCUGGCGCAGCUCCUGGCCGCCUUCAUGAACCAGCUGUGGACCAUCUUUGCGGGCUUCCUGGUGCCCUACCCCAGCAUGCCCACGGCAAGUGGCGGCUCGUGGGCCCCUGGCUGCCUCCCCACCACCUGGACCCUGUGGGGCCUGGCUGGCAGCCAGCUGUCGGACAGAGACGUGCCGAUGAUGGUGGGUGCCGCCCGCAGGGGAUGA